CCCCUCUUCUCUUUCCAUGCUUUUUCAGUCUUUGAUCAACAUAUCUGCAGCAAUCGAUGUUGUUUCAUUUUCUCUUCUUGGUUCCUUCUCUUUUUCUUCCCCCUUUUACUUUUUGCUCUAGGAAAGUUUGGAAUCCCCGUCACAUUCAACAGCCCUUGUCCCAGCUACUCUAAUUAGGAUUAGAAAGUUGUUUAUUUUAUUUCAUUUCAUUUCUUUAGGUAACAAAGUAUGACUAGUGUUUUGAUUUGUCUUUCAUGAAACGUGUAGUGUGGGUUAUUUGCCUAGUCAAGGAAUAAGUUCCGGAGGGUAUUGAGCUGAAUAAAGUCUUUGUGUUGAUUUUUUUUUUUUUCCAUUUCAGUCACCAGUCUUCUCGUAAAUCUCAUGAUUUCCCCUCUAAUAAAAAUUUAUAAUGCCUUACCAAUGGGUAGAAAACUAACCUAGAGUAUUAGAGUGACUUUUUAGUAAAUUAAAUGACAAAAUUUCUACACAAAUAAAUGUACUAGAUUUUAAUAAAUGUACGAGAUUUUAAUAUACACGUACAACUUCUUUUCAAGAGAAGUUGUUUCACUGUCAAUUGGUCCAUUGGAGUGAAAAGCAGCCAAUCGAAUCUCAUCUGACACCUGUUUUUCCUCCAUGACAUGAUAAAAUGACAUGUCCUGCAUAGCAGUCCCUUUCUUAGAGGCUCUGCGAGUAUGAUAACGCCCCAAAUUUCUUCAAUUAAUUAAAGGAUUUUUAAGAAUUAAAAAUGUAUGAAAUAAUAAUCUUCUUCCACAUGUAAAAGUAUUUUAACAAAAGUUGUAAGUGUUGAAUAUGAUUGAUGAUUUUUUGAGAGAGUACUCUCCACGAGUCUUCUAAGUCAAUACACACAUAUUAUGUGUCUAGUGUUCUCAUUUAUUUUUCCUGAAACGUGUAGUAUGGGCCAUUUACCAAGUCAAUGAUGAAUGGAUGGUUGGGGGCAUUGAGUGAAUGGAGUUUUUAUUUAGUUUUAUCCUUCCAUGGCCUAAUAUAUCCAUCCACUCAUCACUCUUUCUCAUUUUUUUCUACCACUUCACUUCCAUGCAUCUCAAAGAUUUCUUCCCUUCUUCCCUUGUCAUCUCCCUCUUCAUCUCCAUCCUCUCCCAUGCCUUCCCAAUAUAUGUCUGCGGAAUCGAUUUUCGCUAUGCAACCUGCAAUUCUUCAGCAGAAUGUGGUAGACUGGGAAAAAUUCACUACCCUUUCUGGGUAAAGGGCUCCCAACCUUGGUAUUGUGGUUAUCCCUGGUUCGGUCUGAACUGUCACAAAGACGAGGCCACCAUGUGGAUCUGGUUUGAACCUUUUCAUGUCAUCGACAUGGAUGAUAGGACUCAAACCCUGAAGAUUGCCAGAAUCCAUGAGCCCUCGACGGGGAAUUUUUUUUGUCCGGUCUUCAACGCAAGCAGAAAUUCAACUUCCUUCAGCUAUUCUUCCGAUGUUGAAUUUAUCACUUUCUUGCACAAUUGUCCUCCGAUCGAAGGUUUAUCAUCUUAUGAGUAUCCUUGUGUGGUACUAAACAAGACGCAAAUCCACAGUUACUUUGUGGCAAAUACAUCUUUGGCAAGUAGAUAUAGAAGCAGAUGUGGGUAUAGUGUUCUUCUUCCUGUUCUCGCAAGUGCUGCUGAGGGUCUUGCAAAAGGUUCAUUAGAUGUGGGAGAGGCUUUAAGCAAAGGGUUCGAGGUCAAAUGGACAGCAAACGAGACACAGUGCGAAGGGUGCAUGGAGUCUGGCGGUAGGUGUGGGUAUGACCUGAAUAGGAACACACCUUCUUGUUUUUGUCGUGACCAGCCUUAUCCAGAAAGCUGUUCACGUUCAUCAAGUAUGUAUCCUUCUUCUAUCGAUGAUUUCUAUCUUAGUUUUUUCCUUUGUUGCUUCUUCUAUUCAAUUAUUUGGAUGCACAUAGUUCAAUUCCGCAACCCUUUUCUCAAGUACGCCUUAAUGCAUCAUUACUUCUUUCUUUCACUUUCCUUUAUCAAGGACCCAUCUGCCAUUCAUGUCUGUCAUUUAUACUUUUCACCUCACUUUCUGACACUUCAUCAAAUGGGUGGGGCCUUCUAUUUUGAUUAUCUUAACUAGAUAGGGUAAUUUUAAUUAUAUAUUUAUUAUUGAAAAAAUAUUGUCUAAACAUGGACAAGUAAACUUCUAUAAACCCCAUGUUUCAUACCAAUCCAAUGAUUGACCAAUUUUCCCCUAUUGUUUUGGAAGAUUAUUUAGGUUGACAUAAUUUUUUAUUUUUUUUUAAAUUAUGACCUGUUCUUUGUAAAUACUAAUUGUUCCUUUUUUUUUAUUAUUGAAAUAAUAUAAAAAAUAAAGUCAAUCAAUUUUAAUUUGAGAGAAAUAUUGGCAGUAAUUAGCUUUGUCACCACCCAAUGAAAAUGACCACAUCUAAAAUAAUUCUUCCUAUUACUUAAUUUAAUACCCACUAUGCAUAUCUUAAUAUAAGUAAAACUAAGAAACAGAUAAAGCACCCAACAAAUCUCAGUAUUUCUAUUCAAAGUCAAUUUAGUUUUUUAUUUCAAGCAUGUAAUUAAUCUUAUCACAUGGUCCCGAAAAUAUCUUUGAGAUAAGUCGAAUUUUUCAAUCGACUUUUCUUUCUAAGACAGUUGUUGACUUAGUCAAUUUAGGAAGUAUUUUGAAACAAUUAAAAAGAUGAAUUUCAUUUAGGCUUUAUAUAUUCUUAAAUUUAGGAAGUUAAAUGAAUAUUAUUAUGUCGUUGAUAUCGUAAAUUAAUAAGUAUAGGACUUGGUAUCGUAUCAUACGAUGGUGAUAGGAACAUUAAUUUUAUUUUCGUCUCUCAUAGUCUAAGAUGAUGCAUUAUGAACAAGUCACCCUCCUUGUCUCUUUUGUUUUCCAUUUAUUUACUUUUCUUCAUUAGAGGUGUAGUUUAAGAAAUCCUAAACUGAAUCAUCCAGGUUGUACUACGUUGAAAACCGUGGAUUCAAGUACCAUCUCCAUCUCUAAUAUCUUAAACUUUCCUAUCUCUGCUCCCUCCAUAUUUUAUU